ACAACUUCACGCUCAAUAACCACCACCACCGUCUGCACACAAACCUCUACUAGACUCAUUUAAAACAACUUUUCCCAAACUUUUUCUCUUUAGUUCCCUCCUCUCCAUCGCCACCAUUUCGCCCCCUACAGCCAUGUACAGCUCCAGCUACUCCCGGGCCAAACUGGGCCUGGACGCGCGGGAGCUCCACAGAUCCAGAGGCAAAAGCUGCGGGUACUACGUGAAGAUCGUGUUUUUCUUCUCGUCUCUCAUCCAGUCGCUCAUCAUCGUCAGUCUGGUGCUCUUCCUCGUGUACGGGCAGCCGGAGAGAAACGUGGAGGAGAAGAGGGUGAAGGAUUUGGAGAAUAAUUUGGAGCACCUGGGAAAGUUAAACUUGGACCUGCGUAAAGAAAAAGAGGAUCUGAAUGCUCAGCUCAAGGCCAAAGGAGAAGAGAAGACGGCAGUGGAGAAGGAGCUGGAGACUGCGAAGGCCACAGCCAACACUACGGAGUAUGAACUCAGGAAGAAAGUGAGCGACUGCGAGAGACAGCUGAGUCAGGCUCGCACUAUGCGCACCACACCUGUCCAGCCCCAGGUCAUAUUCAACCCGGCCAGCCGUGAACUGAGCACUCUGCAGACCCUGAACGCUCAGCAGAAGGCCAUGAUAAACCUGAUCGAGGCCAACUUCACGCAGAUGGUGCAUUACCUGAGUCAGGAGAGAGACACGGCUCUAAAAGACAGAGACACGCACCACCAGGACGCCAUCGCACAGAGGAGGGAGAACUCCAUGUUAAAGGACCAGCUCACCGUCUACUCCAGAAAAUGUAAGGAGGACUUCGCUCAAUCGUUGGACGGGAUCAAAAGUGUGACCAGCGAGUUCCUGAAAAAAAUCAACAACCUGUUCCCCCAUCAGCUGACCUUUCACCUCUCCUGCUCGAGCCAGGCUGAGCAGAUGGAGAAGAUCCGAAACAGCUGCACCAACCUCUCCAACGACGUGGAGAACAAGUUCCAGAUUUACCUCGACCGAGUGGGAGACAAGGUGGCAGAGAUCCAGGCCAUGUCCAGUCGUAUGGAGGUGAUGAACUCAAACCUGGACUCAGACCUGAAAAAGUGUGAGCGCACUCGGACAGAAAACGCCGCCGAGGCCACGAGACAGCUGGAGCUCAAACAGAAGACCCAUGACAACCAGGUGGAGAGAUUACUGAACGAACAAAACCGACUGAGAGGCCAGAAGGAGUUGCAGGACAACAAGCUGGCCCUGAACGAGUCCGAGCUGAACAGGUUGAAGACAGAUCUGGCAAACUGUAAGCCUGGGCCUAAAGUAGGAGGGAUGGGGCCAACUCUGAACAAACCGACCACAGUUAACUGGCCUCCCAUGGGAGCACCAGUGAAACCUCCUGCGGUUGGUUUGAGAUGAAGCAGUGCACCAUCCGCUUCUAUCAUAUUAAAAAGACUUUGCCGCUUAGAACUUAGAACUACAAACCUGUGAAACUGAUGAGUUACAUUUAAGAGACUGAGUGUUGCUUUAAAGAAGACAUAUUAUGUUUUUUUUUUCUGUUUCUCCUUAUUCUACAUUUGUUCAUUGUAAACAGCAAUAUUGAUCUAAAACAUCUAAGGAAUUUAAUGGGGACCAUUGACUUCCUGUUCAAAACUGUAGAACUGAUUUUCUAUGCAAAUUUUUUUACCCAAAAUACUUAGAAUAACUGAGUUGUUGGCAGGGACAGAUAGGUGAUGGGUGCAAAAAGCAAUGUUCUAACCGCUCAUGGAACCUGAAUACACACUUCUUCAAUACUUUACGCAGAUGUGAGUCUGGUCACAGGUGAAUUUUCCUGUUUUCAAAUGGGCGUGAUUGACAGGUGGAGUAACCAAUCAAGGACAUGCAUGGAUCCAUCCUUAUUGGGAAAAAAGAAAAGAAAAACAUAUAAAAGGGAACUGAAACAUGGCGGAUUUCUGUAGAAUCAAUCAGUGAAGCACUAAACUCUAAACUCUAAAUUUGAUUUUGUGUGUAAAUGAAGUUAGCAAUGAGCUCCUUCAUUUCACAUGCGUCACAGAAUGAAACAAAUCUAAAUGGACGAUCACAUUUGGCCGGGCUUGAGAUGCGACAGAGGUUGUGGGGACCAGACUGAUAUUGAUCUGUAUGAAAAAUACAGAAAGAUUAUUCUGGAUUUGCCAAGUAAAACCAUUAUAACGGCUCAUAAAAGCAGAUUUUCAUAGUAUGUCUUCUUUACAGAUACAGAUGUGCAUAACCCAGUGGUGAAUGUAUAUACAUAUAUUUUAAGUAAUGCUUCUGCUUCUGUGUAAAUAAUGUAAAUAUGCAGUAUUAUCAUAUCUGUCUAUAGUUAUGCUUAAAGCGCUGUUUAAAACACUGUGACUCACUCAGGUAAACGUACGAAUGUCAUGACACUGUUGUAAAUACUUUUGUGUUUUAUUCAAGACUUAGAAAAAAUACUGUAAAAGUUUUAUUUUAAUGAAAUAAAAGAGUGCACUUA